UUCCUCCUUCUCUGGCCCGCUGUGUUAUUUCCUCUUCCUCUCGGCGGGCGGGAGGAGAGAAAGGGAGGUAGGCUGGGCAGGAGGAGGAGGAGGAGGAAGAGACGGCAGUGGCGGCGCUGUGACUACUGAGCGUGUGUGUGUGUGUAGGGGUGACGACGCGGGGAGGGAAAUAGACCAGGGAGACCGACGAGAUCCGCCGCCGCUGCUGUCGUCGUCGAGCGGGAGGGCGGCGCUAGGAGCUGGCGGGGGCCUGAGCGAGCUUACAGAGUCACCGUGUCACGGCGGCGGCACCCGCCCGCCUGCUCGCUGCCUCCCGGGAAGAGGGAGGGAAGAGAACUGCAGCCGCUACCUCCUCUAUCCCGGAAAGGCCUCCCCAUCAGUGCGACCGCCGCCUCCUCGCGACACCACCGGAGUCGAUUCCCCUCCCUUCGCGCGCUCCCAAGCCGAAGCGAGCCAUCCUAAGCUGUGCACAAGGAGGGGUGACUUGGGAGCCCAGGCUAGGCCAAGCCGGGCCCAGGCUGCGGAUCCGGUGCCGAACAGCCAAAACCGGGGGGUGGGUGGGAGAGGGGAACUGGAGCCCGGGACGGGCCUGGGCUGGGCCGGGCCGGGCCGCUGCCGCCGUCUUCUCCUCUGAACUAGGAUGUCCCGUCAUGAAGGUGUCAGCUGCGAUGCAUGUUUAAAAGGAAAUUUUCGAGGUCGCAGAUACAAGUGUUUAAUUUGCUACGAUUACGAUCUGUGUGCAUCUUGUUAUGAAAGUGGCGCAACGACGACAAGGCAUACAACUGAUCAUCCUAUGCAGUGCAUACUAACAAGGGUAGAUUUUGAUUUGUACUAUGGUGGAGAAGCUUUCUCUGUAGAGCAGCCGCAGUCUUUUACUUGUCCUUAUUGUGGAAAAAUGGGUUAUACGGAAACAUCUCUUCAAGAACAUGUUACUUCAGAACAUGCAGAAACAUCAACAGAAGUGAUUUGUCCAAUAUGUGCAGCAUUACCAGGAGGAGAUCCCAAUCAUGUUACAGAUGACUUUGCAGCUCAUCUUACACUGGAACAUAGAGCUCCUAGAGAUUUAGAUGAAUCCAGUGGUGUUCGGCAUGUACGUAGAAUGUUUCACCCGGGCCGGGGUUUGGGUGGCCCUCGCGCACGUAGAUCAAACAUGCACUUUACUAGCAGUUCCACUGGUGGGUUUUCAUCUUCGCAGAGUUCAUAUUCUCCAAGCAAUAGGGAAGCCAUGGAUCCUAUAGCUGAGCUUUUAUCUCAGUUGUCUGGUGUGAGGCGUUCUGCCGGGGGACAGCUGAAUUCCUCUGGCCCUUCCGCAUCUCAGUUACAGCAGCUGCAGAUGCAACUACAGUUGGAACGACAACAUGCACAGGCAGCACGGCAACAACUGGAGACUGCACGUAACGCGACAAGGCGCACCAACCCUAGCAGUGUCACCACCACUAUUACACAAUCUACAGCAACAACCAACACGUCUAACACAGAAAACAGUCAGCAGGCUAUCCAGAACUCUCAGUUCCUCCUUACAAGGUUGAAUGAUCCCAAGAUGUCUGAAGUAGAGCGUCAGUCAAUGGAGAGUGAGCGGGCUGACCGCAGCCUGUUUGUUCAAGAGCUCCUACUGUCCACUUUAAUGCGGGAAGAAAGCUCCUCCUCUGACGAGGAUGAGCGUGGGGAGGUUGCUGAUUUUGGUGCUAUGGGCUGUGUAGAUAUUAUGCCUUUAGAUGUUGCUUUAGAAAAUCUAAAUUUAAAAGAGAGUAAUAAAGGAAACGAGCCUCCUCCACCUCCUCUUUGAUGACAUCCCACUUCGCAGACAAUGUCCUCUGUGCUGUAUUUGCCAAUGAAAGUGGACAACAACUAUCUUGGGUUUGUUUUGGUGAUUGUAAUUUCAGGUCUGUCACUCUUGUUACAUUGUGUACAUUCAAAGGAAGAGAGAAAGAUAUAUAUGAUAAUCAUUUCCACUUAAAAAUAAUUUUUACUUCUAGCAGGUAAAUGUAGGUUGCAGAUCAGAGGGGAAUCCUCUGUGCCCUGUACUUUUUGACAUGCAAAAGGUUCUCCUAAUACUCCACAUUCAAACUGAAGAGGAAAAAAUGAAAUCUCUAAUGAAGCUGCUGUGUGUAUUUAUGAAUAUUAAUGAAUAAAAACUGCUUGGAUGGUU